GAAUCGUUUAGUCCAUCGACGCCUCUCGCGUCGGCCGUUCCAUACAAUCGACCGACACUUUAUCAUAAACCAUCCAGGCACAAACAUAUUAAAUCUUAAACAAACGUGUUCAAAUAGUGUUUUUGUGUAGGAAAAGUGAUGAAAAGUGCCGUCAAAGUUGAGAGUAUGAACUACGACGAGAUACCGUUGAAUAUGGACACCAAACUGCAGGUGCAAGAGAAGAAAGGCUCUUUUUGUAUAGACGCUUUACUUCGGAGAGAUAGAGAUGAACGAGAUAGAGCACCAAGUCCAGUGGACACCACGUCGAGGAGUGUAUCACCCACGUCGUCGACGAGAAGCCGCAGCCCGCCAAUUUCACCCGGAAGUGAAGAAAUUCCACCGUCGCAUUUUGUACCACGGCCAGGAUUGCUCGGACACGUGUAUCCUAGCAAUGGUGGGUUCUAUGGGUAUCCAGCACACCAGCAACCACCGCACCAUCCUCAGCAGAGCUCGGCGUUUCACAGUCUCGAAAACGGAAUGAAGAUGCAAUUUCAGAAUCACAGCUAUAACCAACUCCAGCAGAUGCAUAUUGAGUUUCUUGCAACGCGUAUGUGGCCCAUGGGCAGGUUACCAGAUCUUGCAGGUUGUGGUCCAGCGCAUCAUGCGCUUAUGGGAAAGACGCGUCGACCACGCACGGCGUUCACCUCACAGCAACUCCUCGAGUUAGAGAAACAAUUUCGUCAGAACAAGUAUUUAUCUAGGCCGAAACGAUUUGAAGUCGCCACGAAUCUCAUGUUAACCGAAACGCAAGUAAAAAUCUGGUUUCAAAAUCGUCGCAUGAAAUGGAAACGCAGUAAGAAAGCGCAACAAGAGUCAAAGCAGGCGAUGAAGGAGUCCAGCGGAGGUGGGGGCGGCGGAGAUGCAGGGUUAAAGUCGAACGGCAGCUCGGCAGCGUCGACGUACAAGAAUAGCGUCACGUCGCAAUCGCAGCAGCCGCCACCGCCGCAGCAACAGCAGCAGCACGACGGCGUCGCGCCACUGCACUCGCCCACGCAGCAACAUCCGCCGCCCCCAACAGCACUGCCGCAUCAGUCCGAACAAAAUGGUGCGCGCAAAAUGCCGGACGGCGAGGCAUUAUACCGACCCUACGUUGUCUAAAGCCACCCACAUCACAAAAUGAAUCUCAAAUUAUUGCCAUGCAAUGUGUAGGUACGACUAAAUAAAACUGUAAUUAUGUAAUUAACACACAGAAGACAUAAAGUUAUAGCUAUAUAUAAUUUUUAAUAUCAAUUGUACGUAAGUAGCAUCACGUUUUGUAUCGUUUCGUUUUAGAAAUGUUCGAAAUUUUAGUGUUUAGAGCAAGCAAAUUAAUUAAACAUGGAAAAAAACAAUAUACGUAAGCUUUAAAUGUUUCAGUUUGACGAUUUCAGUUCGUGUGUUUGUGCCAAAACGUAAACGAUUGUAAAUAAUUUCAAGUUCCUAUUAUAAGUAAUAUGUAUGUGUUGAUAAUGAUAAGAUGCGCGAACGCGGAAAAAUGUAAAAAUUAUCAUGAUAAACCAAGUCUCAGAAUAUAAUAAAUAAAUAAAUAAAUUAUUAAUAUUAAA